AUGGAUGGAGUCAGCUGGAGCACCACACGGCCCCCUGAGUCCUUCACUCGCUCCAAGACAUCCACCGACACCCUGUCCCGCCUCGCCAACUUCAUCGCCCGAGCCGACUCCAAGCACCAACGACACCAGCGCCCACAGACGUCCCACCUGGCCCCAUACGCCUGUCAAGAAUGUGAUCAGAACUUCAGUCAUGCUGCAGAUCUGCUGAACCACCAGGACCUGAAACACACCCUCCCCAAGCCUCACCGCUGCCCGACCUGCGGCCAGGAGUUCUCGCUGAGGUCGUCCUUGCAGCUGCAUAAAUGUGAGCGAGACUCCACCCCCUGUGAGCGUUGUCAUGGAGAGUCCCGGCUUGGGGUGCAAUGUGCGACAUGCACGGGUAGGACCUCCGACUCCAUCAGGCUGCAGGACAAGUCUCCUCACCUCCAGCCCCACCUUCUUGACAGCAGCCCCUACACGUGUGCCCCUUGUGGGCGGGGCUUCAAUCAGAAACAGGCUCUGCUGCACCACCAGCAGGCCGGCUGCAGCGAGCCUCCGUCACCGUUAAGUUUGAUGGAUGCCAGCGGCCUUCCUGACGAUUCUCCGCCUGUCUCUGAGGCUGACUCCACCCGCUCUGACUCUUCAGACAGCACAGAGCUGGGCGGCAGAAUGCUAAGCGAGUGCGAGGUCUGCUCCAGAACCUUUCGCACGGAGGCGGGACUGGAACGCCAUAAACAGACCAAUCACACCGAGGAACAUUUGACAGCCUCAGAGGAGCCACAGACCAAAGAGGCAGGCUCAGGUGGAGCGAGCAUUGGGGUUAACAGAGGUCUGAUCAAAAGGUCAAAGUCCACAAGCAAAGUCCUGAGCUGUCGGUCAUGUGACCUGGUCUUCAGGAGCACCUCGAAGCUGUAUCUUCACAGGAAGGAGAAACACCGCAGAGAGAAGAUCGUGGCGAGAGAGUACAGGCCUGUCACUGUUAAACGCAGGAGGGCGGGAGCGUAUCCCUGUCAGGUCUGCGGGAAAGUCUUCCUCCAUCACCUGUCACUGAGGGCGCAUCACAAACAGCACGCUGGCCAGAGCCUCGCCAUCGCCAAAGACCGGAGAAACACGGUGACGUCAAACUCAGCGGGUAACAAGACUGUCAGAGCUGGACCAGGACGGCCCGGGAGGGAACCGAGAGGAGUGAGAACUGUUACUGAUCCAGGAAAUUCAAGAGAAGUGCCUGAAGAGAGGGAGCAAGAGAAGGAGGAAGAGGAGGAAGAGCAGGUGGAGGAAGAGGAGGAGGAGGAGGAGCAGGUCGAGGAAAAGAAGCAGGAGGAAGAUGAGGUGGAAGAGGAAGAGGAGGAAGAAGAAGAAGAGGGGGAUGAAAGGGAGUUCCCCUGCCCGUCCUGUGUGGAGGUCUUCUCCACUCAGUCUCAGCUCAGGGAGCACGUGGAGCUGCACCAGUCGUCCGUGAGGAGGCGGCGCUGCAGCGUGUGCUCGCAGGAAAUGGACACGUGUACGUGGCAACGCUCAAAGAGACACAGACUAUACCACUGCGUCCCCUGUCAGCAGGGCUUCUCCACCCUGGACUCCUUCCUGGAACACUGUCAGGAGCACCUGAGGGCCCGGGUGGAGGAGGACAGCAUCGCUGAGGGCUACACCCUGCAGGCCGCCAAGACCUGA